AUGCUUAGAUAAAUAUGUUUUAGGUUUUGCCAAGUUCUAAAUAAGGAAAAUCUUUAAAUAUACAAUGCUAUAUCAUAAAAGAUUGAGUAAUAACCUUUCAAAGCAUCUAUUGUUGACAUUUGGAAAGUAUCAUCAAUUAAUCUAAUGGAUUCAUAACUUUGGGAAAAAACAGAGAAUUAAUUUUCGAAAUGGUUGAAUCAUAUUGAUAAUGAUGAUUUAACGAAUAUGGCAUUAUUAAUUUCUAAACAUCAUUAAUUUUUAUCAUUAAGAGCAAAAUUGUAAUUUGAAAAUAGAAUAAGAAAAUUAUAAAAAGCAUUGAAUGAUAAAUAAAUAUGUUCACUUAUAGAAAGGAUAUUCCCAAUAUCUACAGAAAAUACAAAAACUAUAUUGAUUCAACUCUUUUUAAGCUAAUAAAAUAUGGAUUAUUUAAAUUAAAUGAAGUGCGUAUUAGUUAUUUUAGAGAAUAGCAAAGUUAUGCUUUAACCUAUUAUUGAAAAACUAAAAACAAUUUCAUCAAUAACUGAGUUUAAAUCUUAUGAUGAAAUCAUCAUUUAUUUAUAAAUAUUUUACAGUAAUCUAAUUCAUAAUUGGACUGUUUUAAUUUCAAAUAGAGAGGAAACUAAAACUAAAUUGAAUGAAAUCAUUUAUGGAAAUAAAAGUAACUCUACUACAUAGAAAUCUGAUAUUUAAUUAGAUUAUUUAAGUUUAGAUGAUAUUUUUAAAUAAAUUAAUAUAUAAUCUACUGAAGAAGCUUUAGAAUUCAAAAGAUUCCUUACAUUUAUCUAAUUUAUAAGAGCAUGCAAAUAUAAAAAUUAGUCUAUUAAAGAUAGGUUUGAUAUUUCGAUAUUAUAUUAGAGAAAUAUUUUAAAACUUACUCCUUUAGAAAUAGUUUAGGUAAAGUGACUCUAUAUUAUUUUAGAUAAUUACUGAAUUAGAUAAGGUUAUACCUAUUGAUAUAUAGAUAAAUUGUUUAAAAUAAUAUGUAAAAACUAAUGAACAACAAAUGAAUAAUAAUUAUUAUAUAAUGUUUUAAACUGCAAAUCUUAAAUAUUUAUAAAGUUACGAUUCAUUUUAACUUUAGGUCAAGAAUUAAGUGAAAUAUUUAUUUCAAACAUAAAAUGCACCAUUGAAAGUUUCAGUAUAAAUAAUAUAUCAGAAUUACAAUCCUUGUUAUUAAAGACUGAGAGUACAUUUAAAGAAUUACAACCAAUAAUUUUAGAAAUGAGACAAAAAACGAAAGAAAUUACGAUAAAAUUAAUUUAGAUUAAUAAUAGUAUUAAAAUUAACUGUGCUUUAUAAAUCACAAAAUUAUAUAAUCUCCAAAAUGAUUAUUUAUAAGUAAAAAGAUAUGUUUUAUUUAGAUUCUUUGGGAAAAGGUAUAAAUUGGAGAUUUGUAAUAAGUUUAAUAGAUUUUAGUAGUUUUGAGAUAAUAUGCAAGUCAAAAUAAAAUAAGAGAGGAUUAAUUGAAUCUUAUUUAAAGGAUAUUGAGAAAUAAGUUCUUGAUUACAUAAUAAUGA